UAUUUGCUUUUUGUUAUAUAAUAUUAGAUCUAUUUAAACUUAAUUUGUUUUAAUAACAUCAGUUAAAAUACCUUAGACAAAAAUAAUUUUUUUUAAUCCUGUCUUGAUUGACAAAAAUCAUGUGUUUUCUUGACACAAAAAAAUGGAAAUCCUAAAUGUCUAAUGUAUUUCUUUACAACUCUGACAGAAAAAAGGAGGCCUCAUAAACCAGCCCAAUCAUCCAAAUCUGCAGAAGAUCCCAGCAACUCAAGUCUUGCCCUGUUUCAAGCCAAACUUCAAUACUUCAACUUAAGACAUGAAUGACCAAAGAAAAACCGAAUCUGUUAAAGGGUAUAUACAUAAUGUUUCGAGCCUUAAACGGGGUGCCAAGCGCCCUUAUUUUGAGGCACAAAUUCAAGAGAAACUCAAGAUACAAAGAGUGGUUGUGUUCAAGCCAGAGCUGCACUCUGAAUUCCAAAUGGUGAAUUUGCAGAGGACCCCAGUGCACUUGCAGAACAUAGUUGUGCAACUAUCAAGAGUAGAUCAGACUCAAGAAGUCCUCUUCGGGUUCAAAUCACGGAUGAUGUGUAUUAAGGGGCUAGACUAUAGCUACAACACGACACUGAAGGUCACAGAAAGUGACAAAGUGGUUCCAAUCCGUGAUGUCCUGAAAAUUGAAAAUGAAUUUCAAAGAGUGAAUGUAAAAGUGCAAAUCAUCCACAUUGAAAGUCAAGGAUACAAUUUUAUUCAAGAUCAACGUUUCUUUCCAAACACAACAUACAGAGUUGCGGACAACACUGGUCAAAUUGACUUCACAAAUUGGGGUGAGAAGACCUUGAACAUUGGCUCUUGGUACAUCCUUAGUAGUGUUUCAGUCCGCCACUUUAAGGGUAAUCUAAUUAUCACCAGUACCAGAGACAGCACCCUACUGGAAGAAGACCCUGACCCUGACAUGAUUCUCACCACGCAGCACACCACCACAUCCACAAACGUCACCACAGAAAUCAUCGGCGCAACAAUCAAUGUUCACCACAUCUGCCCACAACACCACAAAAUCACCAACAUGCCCAUGUCUGUGUCACGUGUUCACUGCCCAAAAUGCAAUACACAUUACAAAGUCACCUCCAUCACCAUGUACUCCUAUGGAAAUCUCACAUUCAAAACCUCAAGUGAAAUUCAAACGGCAACUAUAGAAAACCAGCUCAUAAACUCAAUUAUAGAUCUUCCACCACACCCAAGUGCAGACACUAUAAUUGAUUUACUUUUAGAACUACCACCAGUCAACAUCACUAUACACAAUGGCAGAAUCACACGCAUAUCGCCAGCAUCCGCCACGCCAGCAUCCGCCACGCCAGCAUCCGCCACGCCAGCAUCCGCCACGCCAGCAUCCGCCACGCCAGCAUCCGCCACGCCAGCAUCCGCCACGCCAGCAUCCGCCACGCCAGCAUCCGCCACGCCAGCAUCCGCCACGCCAGCAUCCGCCACGCCAGCAUCCGCCACGCCAGCAUCCGCCACGCCAGCAUCCGCCACGCCAGCAUCCGCCACGCCAGCAUCCGCCACGCCAGCAUCCGCCACGCCAGCAUCCGCCACGCCAGCAUCCGCCACGCAAGCAUCCGCCACGCUGUUCCCUACUGACCUUGACCUGGACCAGUUUAUGACGGACGACUUUUUUGAUGAAUCUGCAUCCACCCUUCCACCUACCAUACCACCAACAAAAGCCCCAAAUCCCACUAAAAGAAAGCCACCUCAACUAAAAAAAGACUAA